AUGGCAAUGCCUACCCUUCCCAAGGAGCCUGUCGCCGCGCUUGUCGCCGAGUCUGACACCAAUGAGCUUGCAACUUUGGGCUUGUUUGGUGAUGUCGAUGAUAUGUUUGACCUUCCUUUCAAGAUAGGUCGAACUCUCUUCAAGCCUUUCACAGAAAAGAAGUUUGCCACCCCUGACGGGCGGCGCAUGAGCUUGGUGGAGCUACUCAUAGAGAGGAUGGAACGUGAAGUCGCGGAACAGGAGGCCGAGGGUGCUGAUGGAAACAAUCCCACUGAGCCUGGCACCGAGGACGCGCCUGCCACCGAGGGCGAACCUGCCACCGAGGGCGAGCCUGCCACCGAGGAUGGUGCUAAGGAUGACGCCGAUCUCGACGCCUUCUUGUCCAUAUUCAAGGGGCUUUCAGAGCAGGCUCCGAGGAACGACUAA